AUGUUCCCACUCAAAUUCCACAGAAGUAUUGAACAACCGCGCUUUGGAUCCAUGCUUUGGAUACUUAGCAUGUACGAAUGGUCACAUCGUGCUAAACGGCGAGAAAUUGUGAAGCAUGUUCAGUCGGCUCUUGAGAGUUCAUCUGAUCAAGAAUUCGAUGAUGAAGAGCUCGAAAAAUUAUUGGAUGUACAGUGGGAUGAAAUGUUUGAUACGGUGUGUGACCCACCAAUACAGCACCAAAAAUGUCUACAAGCCGUCUGGGAAUUAUUUCAUACUGAACUCAUUUUCUUACAUAAACAACUCCUUGUUCUCAGGAAUGUAUACAAAGAACCUCUGAAAAGGUGUCAAGUUGAGGGAUGCCUUCUGACAGUUGAGCCUGAUUUACUGUUCGGCAAUUUGGAUCAGCUUUGUCGGGUGAGUUCGAUGCACGCUUCUAUUGAGUGUUAA